GGGCGGCUGCCCUCCAUCCCCAUCUCUCUCUGCAUCUCUGCCCUCUUGCAGUGUGUCUUGCUGGGUUUACCUCCCUGGGUUUGCUUUUUGUGUGUUUCUCAUUUCCGUGCACUCCUCAUCCGUUUUCCGAGGCUUGUCACGUUCCAGGCCCCGUGUUGGGUGAUGCAGGGUUCCCUGAGAUAAGCAGACCCAGCUUCUUCGCUUGAAAACCCCACCCAGUGGGAUCUGUGCUCAGAUGGAGGCGGCUGAGGCAUUGUGAGAGACCAGAGGAGGAACGCCCACCCUACCUCUAAUUUGACAGGAAGUGGGGUCUUUCCUGCAAAGAGGGGAGCUUAGGCUCUUAGAGGGAGAAGAGACAUCAGUACAGACAUAGUACAAAGAAGAGCCCAGCAUGUUUGGGGGGAAGCAUGGGGUUGGAGCCUGGUUGGGGUGGCUGAAGCUGUCAUCAGGACCACAGAGGAGAUGGGAUCUUGUCAAGGGUAUUGGAAGCCCUGGAGGGCUCCGAACAGGCAUAGAGCAGGUAGAGAAAGACCCCUCUUAGGCCAUGUGGAGGAUGCACUCGGUCCAGAGCUGGGGGGAUGGCCAGGAGGCAAAGAGAUUCAGGGGUGGAGAGAUUCAGGGACACGAGGGAUUUGGCCGGUUGGGCGAGAGAAGAGCAGGGAGGGCCGAGGACAGUGCCCUGAGGUUUAGUCAGGUGACCAUGUAGACCACGAGACUGUCCCCAUACGGGGACACAGGAGGAGGAUGACUUUGCAGGACUUGGUGAGGGACCCGUGAGAAGAGACCCAGAGGCAUUUGGUUUCAGACUUCAUGCUAUGGCUGAAAGCAAAGUCUUUCUGUGGAAGCUUUAAUUGUGACAAAAUUUGAAUGAACACAUUGCAGUUCUAGUAGCUGGUUUGCAGUUUUUGUCCCUUAGGGCAUUUGGUUCUGUGACAUUAGGGAUGUUUUCCUUUUUUUUCUUUUCUUUUCAUAAUUUUGACAGUGUUCUUCUUCCCACCUACUCGGGCCAUUUGACUAGAACCGAUCAGUUCUGUGCAGAGGAGACCCAGCUUGGGGAGCAGUUAGGUGCGAAGGACAGACAGUCAGGACGCGUCCACAGAUCCCCCCAGGAAGGUGGCUUUUGGAGACCACCAUCUGUUUACCUCCCUUUGCAGCCCAACAUGCCAGGAUGUUCUCCGGCUGGGGACCCAGUACUUUUACUUCAGUUGAGUGAGUGCAGAUGAAGGGGUGGACUAAGGCCCUGGCAUCCAAAACAUAAGGUUCUUUGUGAUGCCUCUCCCGCAGGAUGCCUGGGGGCCUGAGGCCAGCUGAGGCCACGGGAAGAUGCCUGGGGGCCUGAGGCCAGCUGAGGCCACGGGAAUUACAUCCUCGGGUCAUCCUGACUCUGGGGGCAGCGUGGACUAACACCCAACCACUUGUGUUGUUAUUUUUUAUUAUCCUGGUAAUAAUGCACAUACAUAAUAAUACAGAUAACAGAAAAUGUACCAUGUUAACCAUUUUAAAGUCUACAGUUUAGUGGCAUUGAGUACAUUCCCCAUGUUGGGCAGAGAGCAUUUCCACUCUCUAAUUCUAGAACUUUUUCAUCAUCCAAAACAGAAACCCCACACCCAUUAAGGAGUCACUCCCCAAGCCCCUGACCCCAGCAUCUGCCAACAAUAAAUCUGCUUUCUGUCCUUAUCUCCCCGUAUUUUUAUUUAUUUAUCUAUUUAUCUAUCUAUUUAUUUAUUUAUUUGGCCAUGCGGCUUGCAGGAUCUUAGUUCCCCGACCAGGGAUCGAACCCGGGGCCCCAGCAAUGAAGGUGCCGAGUCCUAACCACUGGACCACCAGGGAAUUCCUGGACAUGCUCUUUGAAGGCAUGAAGGCGUUCAAAGGCAGGGACCAGUGCGUGCGCCUCUUCCGACCUUGGCUCAACAUGGACCGGAUGCUGCGCUCGGCCCUGCGCCUCUGCCUGCCGAGUUUUGACAAGGUCGAGUUGCUCCAGUGCAUCCGCCGGCUGGUGGAAGUGGACAAGGACUGGGUUCCCGACAGCUCCGGCACCAGCCUCUAUGUGCGGCCUGUGUUAAUUGGGAAUGAGCCCUCGCUAGGUGUCGGCAAACCCACGCGAGCCCUCCUGUUCGUCAUUCUCUGCCCGGUGGGCGCGUACUUCCCUGGAGAUGCCUUGAGCCCUGUCUCUCUCCUGGCCGACCCAUCAUUCAUCCGGGCCUGGGUGGGUGGGGUCGGUGACUACAAGCUGGGGGGGAAUUACGGGCCCACCGUGCUUGUGCAGCAGGAGGCCCUAAAGAAGGGGUGUGAACAGGUCCUGUGGCUGUACGGGCCUGACCACCAGCUCACUGAGGUGGGCACUAUGAACAUCUUCAUCUUCUGGACCCACGAGGAUGGGGCACUGGAACUGGUGACCCCCCCACUGGACGGUGUCAUCCUGCCUGGAGUAGUUCGACAGAGUCUGCUGGACCUGGCUCGGACCUGGGGUGAGUUCCGGGUGGCAGAGCGUAAGAUCACCAUGAAGGAGUUCCUGCAGGCGCUGGAGGACGGCCGGGUUCGAGAAGUCUUCGGUUCAGGCACCGCUUGCCAGGUCUGCCCUGUGCACCGAAUCCUGUACCAAGGCAAGCACCUCCACAUUCCCACCAUGGAAAACGGGCCUGAGCUUAUCCUCCGCUUCCACAAGGAGCUGAAGGCGAUCCAGUAUGGAACAAAAGCCCACGAGUGGAUGCUACCUGUGUGAUGCUGCGGGCUGUGCCGGACCACUCCACGGAUCCACCGACCUGUAGCAUCCAGUCCCUGUUGGACCUUCGCCUCCAUACCAGUGAUUCACCUGAAGUGCAAUAUGAAAUAAAAGGCGGCGGGGCCUGUGUUUCCGGUGCCCCCACGUUACACUCCCAAAGCCAUAAGGGCCCGACCCAGGCGUCUUGGCCCCUAGCCCCGCCACUCAGGCCUUGGGGACCUGGACUCCCCGCUGCUCCGUGUUGUGGGGUCAAGGAUACACCUUGACUCAGACUCUGCAUCUCCAUUUUCAGGCCGGAUCAACCGGUGCUGCUGUUGAUUUUUUUUCCUAGCUGCAAUUUUGAAAUAAAAUGCCAAAGAACAAGC